AUGUUUAAGUUUAUCUUUGUUGCCUUGGCCUUCGUUGCCUGUGUUGCCGCCGCUCCUGGUUAUGUGGGUGGUCUGGGCCAUGGUUAUUUGGGAGGUCAUGCCAUUGCUGCAGCUCCUGCCGUCUCGUAUGCUCAUUCCUAUGCCGCUCCAGCCAUCACUAAAAUUGCUGCGGCUCCUGCAAUCUCUUAUGCUGCUCCUGUGGCUAAAGUCGGCUAUGCUGCUCCUGCUCUAGGCUUGGGUUAUGGUCAUGGUUUAGCCUAUGGUGGUUUGGGCUACACUCAUGGUCUUGGCUUGGGUUAUGGUCAUGUUUGGUAA